UUUGAGUGGCCCGCACAAACACCGUUCGCGGCCAUCUCCCUGUUCCUUCACAACGCCCACUACCGCGACCUCUUGCCCGAAACGCGACCGCAAUGGGUUGGCACCACUCAAUCAUCGGCAUGGGCGCUUCGGCCUUCAUAACCUGUACGGACGGCAAGACGGUGCUGAAAGGCCAGGACGUGUGGGAGAACGGCCGCCACUGCGCGUCGUUCGAGAAUCCAUCAGAUGAGAACAUCGUCAAGGAGCAUGCAAUCUACAAGCUUCUUGGCGAUCACCCCAAUAUACUCCAAUGCUUCGGCCUGGAGGAGAUCCAUCCGGGCGUGCGCGCCUUGCGGCUCGAGUUGGCGCCACUGGGCGACCUGAGACGCUACCUCGAGAGACAUCCGAACGACGGCCCGCCGCUGCAGACGCGCCUGAAUAUGGUCCUUGAGAUUGCAGCGGGCCUGUCUCAUGUACAUGCUUGCGGCGUGUGGCAUUCUGACCUGUCGACCAAGAAUAUCUUUCUGUUCCCCGGUUUCCACGUCAAGAUCGGCGACUUUGGCGGUUCGGUUGCCGACGCCCUCGGCUACCACACUGGCACGCUCGAGGACCAGGAUUAUGAAUUGCCGUGUAGGGGAAGGGAUUUCAGAGAACGUCCGCGGAACAAAAGGGAGCUUUUUGCGCUGGGCUCGGCCAUGUACGAAAUAAUGUCGUGGGCACGAGUGUUUCCCGGCCUCAGCGAGGAUGAGAUGGACGAGCGUCUAAAACGGGAAGACUUUCCAGCUGUUGACGCGUUGGUCCUUGGAGAUGUCAUUGAAUCCUGCUGGAAGGAGCGCUACAGCGCCGUAGAGGAGGUAGUGCGAGAUCUGACGGAUAGGGUCAAUGGGGCUGAUAGCUCUCAUUAACGAUGGCAUGGGUCAACAAACAAGGGUAUCUUCUUGAUUUCUUAAGGGAUGUCGGGGAAAGAGUGGAGUCGUGGGAGAGGGUGGGGGAACAAGGAGUUCUCAGGGCCAGGUGUCCUUCAAUCGCAAAAAUCUCACCCCUCUUGGCAGUCAGCUAGUACCGAUGUUGGCCGCAAUCCCGUGGACCAAAGUUACCUUUGAGAUGCCCAGCCACGAUAUGCGCAUAUUUUAUUACUGUGAUACGUU